CUUAGUAACAAUUUGAUCUUGCCUGAAAGAGUUUCAUCUUCACAGCCUAAAUUUUAGCAGAAAAUUGACAACAUGGCUGGAGUUUCCACUCCCUCUGCGGAGUUAUUGCUAUCAAAGCGCGUCCAAGAAAUGGUUCUUAAUGGCGAGGAGCCACCAGCACUGUAUUUUUGCAGAGAUGGUGAAACCAUUGCAGAUGCUCCUUCUCCAAUAUCUCCAAUUCCCAUCAUCGAUCUGAGUACUCUCUCGUGUUCAACACCAUCCACCAAAGAAUAUGAAGAUGAGUUGCAGAAACUUAAAUCCGCGCUGUGCUCAUGGGGCUGCUUUCAGGCAAUAGGUCAUGGGAUUUCAAAUCCAUUCCUAGAAAAGAUUUGUCAAGUCAGCAGGGAAUUCUUUGGACAGCCAAUGGAAGAGAAAAAGAAGUACUCCAAAACAGUGGAAGAAUUUGAAGGGUAUGGGGCUGACCCUGUACCUGAAGAGGGUCAGUCCCUUGACUGGUCGGAUCGCCUAUUUCUUGACGUAUACCCUGAAGAUCGGAGAAAGCUCAAAUUCUGGCCGGAAAACCCAUGUUCUUUCAGACUCAUUUUAGAAGAAUACACUGAGAAGAUGAGAAAGAUAACAGAGAUCACUUCCAAAGCCAUGGCAAAGUCAUUGAAUCUGGAAGAGAAUUGCUUUCUGAAUCAGUUUGGAGAACAAGCACCACUGCAAGCGAGGUUUAACUACUACUCAAGGUGCAAGAGGCCUGAUCUUAUUCUUGGCUUAAAAUCCCAUGCAGAUGGAUCGGGAUACACAGUUAUCUUGCAAGAUGAAGAAGGUCUUCAAGUCCUUAAAAAUGACAAAUGGUUUACUGUCCCCAAAAUUCCCAACACACUCCUAAUUCUCAUGGGUGAUCAAAUGGAGAUAAUGACAAAUGGAAUAUUCAAGAGCCCAGUGCACAGGGUACUGAGUAACUCAGAGAGGGACAGGAUUUCUGUAGCUGUGUUCUACACACCUGAAGCAGGAAAAGAGAUUGGAGUAGAAGAUGGCUUGGUUGAUGAGGAAAGACCAAGGUUGUUCAAGAAAGUGAGAGAUUAUGCAGACACACAUUGGGUUUAUUACCAGAGAGGAAUGAGAGCUCUUCAUACUGCAAAAGCUUAAACCCUAGUAUCCCCUCUCUAGUGUUGCUUUAACACAGAAGCCCAUCUCAAGGGGGAUGAUACAAAAAUAAAUAAAUAAAAGAGGGGGAAGGGAGUAUUAUGGGUACUGUAUAAUAAUGCUUAGAUAGCUUCUAUGUACUAUUUCUCCUUGUUUAAACUUUGUUUCACUAUGGAAAAAAGUUAAUUGUAUUUUCACUUCUGCUUA